AUGUCCGACAUCAACAGUACUUCUCAAAAAGCUGUUGAGGCUACCGCCCUCGACAAACCACCGACGCGAGUCCCCCGCUUCAUCGCCACUUCCAUCCUCAAGGGGGCUCCUCAUGGUGUCAAGAGAUGCUGUCACACCGCCCUUGGCUCUGAGCACUGCGAGUACGGCGGUGUCUCCGGCGUACCAUAUUCCUACACGGACCUCAUCUCUGUGAUGAAACUGCCGCAGAAUCAGCAGCAGCGGCCUUCGCCACUAAGGCCAAUUGUCUGUCGCUCUCAUGCUUACGCCAAGGUGGUGAUGAGCAGAGCCAGCCUCGAUAUGAGCUCGCGCCCUGGCUUGAAAUCAGAGCAAGCCCUUGAAAAAGCUCCAGUCCGGAAGGCUGUCAGCUUCAACAAACAAGUCCAACAGGUCUUGUUCUCGCGGGACGAUAAAGUCGGACACAAGAGAGGCUCAAUGACCGCUCGGCUUUCUGGGGUCCCCAGCCCUGCCUGGUAA